AAUUAUAAAUUAAGACGUUCCCUUUUAAUCAUUUAUGUUAAUGACAGUUCUCACCAAUUAGUUGUUUGAAAUUAAUGAAUGUUUUUGUUUACGCAUGCGUGAUAACAUUUUUAAUAUCAUUGCUUAGUAUCGAGUUAACUAUGAUCUCAAAAGUGCUAAGAGCAAUUAUUAUGGGACCACCAGGGUCUGGCAAAGGUACAAUCUCGACUCGCAUAAUAAAGGAUUUCAACAUGAAACAUCUAUCCAGUGGAGACUUACUGAGGGCCCAGGUUAUAAACCAAACUAGUGCUGGUAUGACUGCAAAACAGUUCAUUGACAAAGGUCAACUUGUACCAGAUGAUGUGAUGGUUAAAUUGAUUUUAAAUGAAUUGAACAAAUUGGAAGAAGAUAGCUGGAUGUUGGAUGGUUUUCCUCGGACAGUACCACAAGCUAAAGCCCUGUACAGAGAGAAGCCAGUGGAUCUUGUACUGAAUCUCAACGUUCCAUUUGAAGUAAUCAUUGAUAGAAUCAAAGGUCGAUGGACACAUGCACCAAGUGGAAGAAUCUACCACACAGAAUUCAAUCCUCCAAAAGUUGUGGGAAAAGAUGAUGUUACAGGUGAGACAUUGAUACAGCGAGAUGAUGACAAAGAGGAAACUGUGCGGAAAAGGCUGCAGAUAUAUCAAAAUCAAACUGAGCCAGUUCUCAAAUUUUAUAGGAAACAUGGUAUCCUAACAGAAUUCACAGGGAAAUAUUCCAAUGAAAUCUGGCCAAAGGUGUACGAGUUCUUGUCUACCAAAAGUGAACCGAUACAGUACACACAAUAUAGCUAAUAGAUCAUUUGACGACAAUUUGCGAUAAUCAAAGGUUGAUGUGUUUGUUAUGAUUAUACCUGUAUGUAAUUGUUAUUGAUUAAAUAUGUUAAUUUGUUAUUUUUUUAAUUGAUUUUUUAGAUCCAUCAAUCAAAAAUGUCUUCAGGUGCUUCAUAUUAUUUUGUUACAACCAAGUAAUAAUUCCAGGUUGUUCCUAACGCCAUAUUUUACGGAAGUUGUAGUUGACUAAAAAUUGUAGUUAUUAACAUGCAUAUUUUUGUAGUCAUCAAUACAUUUAUAAACUGAAUGACUAGUUGUGGAGUGAGAAACCUGUAGUUAAUUGCAGGUUAUUGAAGUCAAUAAAAGGAAUCUUAGUUAACAACAGUUUAUAGAAAUAAAUGAGAGAAAUCUGUAUUUAAUGAAAGGUUAUGGAAUUGUAUGAGAGAGAUACAUAUUAAAUGACAGGUUGUGAAAGUUAAUGAGAGAAUUUUGAUGACAAGUUGUGGAAGUUAAUGUGAGGAAUUUGUACUAAAUGAGAGGUUGUGGAAGAUAAUGUGAGGAAUUUGUACUAAAUGAGAGGUUGUGGAAGAUAAUGUGAGGAAUUUGUACUAAAUGAGAGGUUGUGGAAGAUAAUGCGAGGAAUUUGUACUAAAUGAGAGGUUGUGGAAGAUAAUGUGAGGAAUUUGUACUAAAUGAGAGGUUGUGGAAGAUAAUGUGAGGAAUUUGUACUAAAUGAGAGGUUGUGGAAGAUAAUGUGAGGAAUUUGUACUAAAUGAGAGGUUGUGGAAGAUAAUGAGAGGAAAAUGUAUUUUAUGACUGGCUGUGGAAAAUAACUAUGUUGUUGCAGUGAGUUUGGCUUUGCCUAUUGAUCCGUCCCCUACGACCUGUUAAGGAAAAUGUUGCUCAGCUGUCCACGUCUGGGAAACUGUAAGCAAAGUGCUACAUACAUAAUACUUGCAUUUGUGAUACAACUGCAGAUGCUGAACUAUAUUUGCAUUAAUGGUUCAUUGAAGUUCAAAAUCUGAUUAAGAAGAAUUGUGCAGUUUUGAUUUGGAAAACUUAAAUAUCACCAUAUCCAUUCUUGCUUAAGUGAUAAAACUACAGAUGUUCUACAGAGUACAUGUUACAGAUGCUGGAUUUCACCUACUUGUCAUGCUUCAGUGACAGAUCACUCUCUGCUUAAACAGAUGUGGUCAGCUCAUUAUGGUAAAAUGUGGUCAGCAUUUGUUCAGAGAUAAACUAAACAAUGAUUUAUUAAAUAACAAAGGAAUCUCUAUCUUUUAAUAACAAUAUAAUGGGACCUUACAUUCUCACCCAAAGUCAGAGGGAACUGACUGCGGUAUGACUUGUUAUUAUAAACAAUAUGUUGUCCUUUGUGAAGCAAUGGUAAACAAAAACAGACGUUGUAAUAGGAAAUCAGUAAUGGAAAGAUUUCAAACAAUAAAACAGUUGGCAUAGAAAUGAGGUAAUGCUUAUAGCACAGAUAAUUCAAAGUGAACAAGUAAGUGUAAAGAUGGCUCCAAAGGGGGAAACUGUGAUGGUGAAAUGAUAAAUAUGUCAAUACAUAUAUAAUGAAUAAAGAUUAAGCUGCUGUAAACAAUCUGCAACAUUUGUUAGAAAAUCACACUUUGAAAAGAGUUUUAUAAUACCUCAAAUGAAAUGAAAACAUUUAGAUAGCUUCUUCUCUGUGAUUUAGAAAAGUUACAUUUUGAUUGGUUCAAAUUCAAAAUGUGGAGUACAAAAUCAAAUGGAGGCAUUGUAUGCCAUUUUCAAUUCACGUUGAUUUCUGACUGGUGCAGCAAAUAAUGAAUGCUGCGAGGUAUAUAAGACUUAGAAUAUAUACUCUAGUGUAACCAUGGAAAUCCUUUUUUUUGGGGGGGGGUAAUUUCGGAAUUUCUUUGGGUAAACUGUAUACAUAGGGGUUAUUUUUGCGGUAAAUUUUCAUUUUAUUUUGUUUAUGAAAUUAAAGCACAUCACAAAAUAUUAUGUGCAAGGGAAAUUUUUCACGAUCUAAUGACCUUUGCGUACUUAAUGUAAAUUUCACCUUAUAUUUUGACUUUCUGUUUGUAACUUAAAGCUGAUGUUUAAGCAGCUUUGGGAACAGGAUUUUAUCCAACUCUUCUUUCCUAUCUGUCCAGUUAAAAAUCUCUAACAUAUGAUCUAUGUACAUAUUUAUUACAUAUAUAUAUAGAUCUUCAACUGAAAAUCAUAGAUAUAAUUACUUAUGGAGAAUAAAUGUGAAAAGAAGGAACAUUGGCAACUGUCACAAAUCUUAUUUUUAAAGUUGUUAACAGGUUUUUAUGUUGCACAGAAAGAAUAUUCCUGUAUAGCUAUUGAUUUAUCAAUGUUUUAAUUGAUAAUAAUCGUAUUUGAUAAUUUCUAAUAAAUGAAGAUUGAACAUA